CUCGGCAUUCAUUGGCUGAUUGCAUGACUUAACGUAAUGACGUUUACGGUUUAUUGCGUAGCUGCUUCCUGAAGCCCAACAGCAAAAUAGACGAUGUUGGUCCUGGUGUUAGGUGACCUGCACAUCCCCCACCGAUGCAACACCCUACCAGCCAAGUUUAAGAAGCUGUUGGUGCCAGGCAAGAUCCAGCACAUCCUCUGUACAGGAAACCUCUGCACCAAGGAGAGCUAUGACUACCUGAAGACACUGGCUGGGGACGUACACAUUGUCAGGGGAGACUUUGAUGAGAACCUGAACUACCCGGAGCAGAAGGUGGUGACAGUAGGUCAGUUUAAGAUCGGCCUGAUCCAUGGGCACCAGGUGAUCCCCUGGGGGGACAUGGCAAGCCUGGCUCUGCUGCAGAGGCAGCUCGACGUCGACAUCCUCAUCUCUGGACACACGCACAAGUUCGAGGCCUUUGAAAACGAGAACAAGUUCUACAUCAACCCCGGCUCAGCAACUGGAGCCUACAAUGCACUGGAAAGCAACAUCAUCCCAUCCUUUGUAUUGAUGGACAUCCAAGCAUCCACAGUGGUGACGUACGUAUACCAGCUCAUAGGAGAUGACGUCAAAGUGGAGAGGAUUGAGUACAAGAAAUCCUAAACCCAGGGCUGAAAAGGGAGGGGUGAGGCAAGGGGUGCUGUCGUUCAGUGUAUCGUUUCAUUCCUUUCUACCUGUAGCUCCAACUACAUAACCACAGAAAAUGCUCUACCAUAACUGUUUGCUAACUUAACUCUAUAAAGAAAUGUAUAAUAUCUUUUAUGUCAUCUGCGUUGGCAUGUGUUCCACCCACCAUGUGGUGUCUGUAAAAAAAUAAUUUAAAAAAUGCAAUUGUCACAUGGGUUUGCAUAAUGUCAUUCAAAUAAAUAUUUGGUGCCACUUUUUGAAUUUGA